CCGCAACGACAUAUCACAUACUUCUCUCUGUACAUCAUCUUCUUCCGAGAACAGACUGGUUUGGCCAGCAAGAGAGCAACAGAAAAUGAGACCCUCUUCCGCAACUCAAGCUCUCACUCUCUUCAGCUCUCUGCCCAAAACCUUAAUCUUCAACGCAGAGCCUCAACCUUCAUCUCUGCAACUCUCGAGACCCAAAAGAUGGAAACUGAUAGUGACGAUGAGAGACAGAAGCAAUAACCCGAGACCAUUGCAGAAAGGGAGGCACCUGAGCAUCGAAGCCAUUCAGACCGUACAGGCCUUGAAGAGAGCCAAGAAAAACCAGAACUUUCUGGACCAAGCGUUCGAUUCUAAGUUCAGGCGCUUGCUGAAGCUCGACAUGAUGGCUGUCCUUCGUGACCUCCUCCGGCAAAAUGAGUGCUUCUUGGCCCUCAAGGUCUUCGAAGAUAUUCGAAAAGAACACUGGUAUAGGCCGCAGGUUUCACUUUAUGCUGAUAUGAUUAAAGUAAUGGCUAGCAAUGAAUUGUUUGAACAAGUUGAACUUCUUUGCUUGUCCUUGAAAAAGGAAACAAAUUUACCGCCUGAACUUGAGGCCUUUAAUGCUCUAUUGACAACAUUGAUAAGUUUUAACAUCCCUAAACUUGCAAUGGAGUGCUAUUACUUGAUGAAAGAGGUGGGGUGUGAACCAGAUAGGUCAUCCUUUAGAAUACUCAUUAAUGGUCUAGAAUCCAUGGGAGAGACAGGUCUUUCAGGUAUUUUGAGGCAGGAUGCUCAACAGUAUUAUGGUGAAUCUCUGGAGUUUCUAGAGGAGAAUGAAGAAAUGGCAGUCAAGUGAGCCAUUGAUGACUUGCUGGAUUUAGAUCAUAUGACAUUGUCUGUAAGGAAGUAUGUAUGAAACUCUAACCAUAAUGGAUAAAAUAGUAUUGACUGCAUCUGCCAUGUGAUUACAAUUGCCCUAUGAGUUCAUUGUCAUUUUGACAAAGCAUCGUGGUUACUUUUCGGUAGAAUAUACUGAUACACCCUUUAGACAUAACCAUUCUAAACUCUAUUUUUCUUACAUACCCAUUUAACUCUCAAGUCUAUUAUCACUGAAAUCUGUGUUUGACUGCUCAGUUUUAUGAUCUGUAUAAUGGAUUAUCCUACAUUAUCAUUUCUUAUUGUGCACACUAGAAGUGGUGCGAUUGGUUUAGUUGCCUAUGUUGGAUAUUUACAUGUUAAAGCGAGUACUUCCUCAACUCGAGCAAGAAAACCUCUUUCAGUCGGGCACAUAUGUGUGUGUUGCAUCACACUUGUUUGAAUGCGUAUGCCGGACAGUUUUGUUAGCCAAAUGGAAGAGAAUUUGUUAUGAUAACAGCAGCAGAGCACCAGUGACCAAACAAACAAAAUCAAAGGAAGCUGCACAACACCCAAACACAAUCUGGAAAUCCUUCAAGUGUAUCGAAGACCAUGGCUGAGGUGGGCAGAAGUGCCAGAUAUCACAAACUUGUCUUACUAACUUCUCUAACAGAAAAUGGGACUUGUGUAGGCUGAUUACCAGUCUGUAAGUGUUUGCAUUAUGUAACUGACUCUAGCUUCACCAUAUAAGGAUGAGAUACCAAUGUAAUUCAGUGUAUAAACACAAACUUCAAUUAAAAAUACAACUCUCUGAAUGUUUUCUCUAA